AUGUACUUAUGCCAAUCUAAAGUCUCUUCUGUGACUUCUCUUCCUUUGCUGUGGUUUAUACCCAGCACUCACCUCUGCAGCUCAGCCAGGAACUGUAGAGAGAACAGCACAGCAUGUAUCACUGACUGGCAUAGUUCAUAUCUCUACCUGCUGCUUCUUUACCUUGCAGGUUGCUUUUUUUCUCUACUUGCAAUCUGUGGUAACCUCAGCCCUGUUAAUUCUUUAUGGAAACAAAUGAAGAAGAUGCAAUGUUAUGUAGAUACUUUCAAGGAUCCUUUGACAGGUGUUCACCUAAUUGCCAUUAGAUCCAUUAUUUUUUUCUCAAUCUGAUAUCUUUCCAGUUUUAUAGCUCAAAUUCUGUUGAUGCUAUCAGCUUCUCAAAGUAAAGUUAUUGUGAAAGUUGCAAUAUCCUUCACUGUAGCUGAGACAUAUCCUUCCAUGCACUCUAUUAUCCUGAUCAUAUUCAAUUCAAAACUGAAACUGUCAUUUAGGAUCCCUUCCCAGCAUUUUAAGUGCCAUUUGGAAAUUAUGACUCUAAGUCUCAUAUUAUAG